UCAACCGUUGUGCAUGUCUUUGCGCGCGUUACUCGUCUCGACCAGUCCGUGAUCGUGAAAUUUUCCGCGAACGAAAUAAGCAAUAAUAAUUAAUAAAUCAGAUCGUUGAACGAUAUUUUUACUAUAAUUUAUCAUACACGACCAAACGCUCAACCGACGACGAGAAAUGUGAACGAUUUCCCACCGCCGUUACUGAUUUUUUUUCUUCCUCUGUACUUUUGAUUAGGUGGCAUGCAAAAUUCUAUGUGUGACUGCAGUGACUUCCUUCGUUAUCCCCAAAAAGCAGCAGCGGAACCUGUGUACAAAAUAUAACGACGACGACGACAUCCGUAACACCCACGUACACUGAAGCUAAGGUAGUUCAAAAUGAGUCUAUUCAGCACAUCGUACCUGAUGGGCAACGACACGGCAGGCGGAUGGGGUCCCAGGUACUUUUUUACGUUCUAUUCAGAGUUCGGUGACGAGCAGGCUGAGUCGGCUGUCGAAGUGACAGUGUUAAUGGUGAUAUUCGCCGCGUCUGUCGUGGCCAACGUGUACAUUGCCUGGGCCGUGCUCAGGUACCGGAAGAUGCGCACCGUCACCAACUGCUUCUUGCUCAAUCUCACCGUAGCCGAUCUGCUGUUCGCCAUCAGCACGCCAGCGCUGGCCUACGUCCGUGUCCGGCCUGACUGGCCGUUCGGCGAUUUUGUGUGCCGGUUAUUGCCUUAUUCCCAGUUUGUUUGCGGUUUCGUGCUGCUGUGGACGCUGAUGCUGAUCAGCAUGGACCGGUAUCGGUGCAUCGUAGUGCCGCCCUACCGAUCACAGCUAACGCCCCGCCGUGCCACCGCGCUCACCGUGCUCACGUGGCUGAUCGCGCUGGUGGUGUUCAUGCCAGUACCGUUCUGGUUCCACGAGCAGGCCGUGAUGGGCCGCACAGCGGUGAACGUGUGCACGCUGGUGUUCCCCAAGAACGACACUUUCAAAAUGUCCAUCGUGUUCACCGUGUCUGUAGUAUCCUUGUCCUGCAUCCUACCGCUGUCGCUAUUCGUCUACCACUACCAGAGGAUAUUUCACAAGUUGAACAAGACCCGACAGAGAAUCGAGAACUCGGUCUCGCAACCAUCCACCGCCGUCUACACUGCGUCGCUGAACAGUCUGUCGUCGACCACCAACGGUUCUACACCACAGGUUUUUAUGCGGCACGAAGAGAUUCGGUACAUGAAGCACAUGCGAGUGGUGCGCGUGCUGCUGAUCAACGUGAUCGCAGUGCUGGUAAUGUGGCUGCCGAUCACCGUCGUGAUGUGCAUGAUCUACGUGGACGGAAGCCGGGACACGGAGGACACGGGUUACUUUCUGCGGUCUCAUCACUUCAUCAUGGGCCUGCUGUUCGCGCUGCUCAACACCGUCGUCAACCCCAUCCUGUACGGCGUGCUGUCCAAGAACUUUCGCAAGUGUUUCGCCCGGCUGUCGUUCAUAUCGAAGCGCCGGCGGGCCAUGUACAAGGAACUAAUGGACGACGCCAGAGAGGGCGGCGCCCGUAGGCCCAGCAAAGGUCACUACAACUCGACCCUGCAACCGGGAAGUUUGGUGUCCGUGGUUGAGCUUCCGGCCACCGCGGUCGUGUCGUCGUCCGCCACCAACGAGUGUUGGUGAUGAGACGCACGCCCGCGCGCUAGACCAUCCCCUCACCCCCACAUAACCAACACAUAAUAUUAUAUCUGCACGAUUCGAACACAAUCGCAGCCGCAUAAAACGUGAUGACUGUAAUAUCAUAAAUAUUCCCUUAAGUAUUUAGAAAUAUUUUUUAACAAGCCUUUUAAGACUCCUUGUCAAUUACACGAUAAUACGCGUCGUGUAAGAUGUGUGAAAUAUGUUUUAUUUAGAGCGAUAAAGAUACAUAUUAUAACAUAGAUUUAUGAACUAUUCUCUAUUCGAAAUGAGAUUGUACCUCGGAAACCGGCUUCUGCGCAUGGGCGUGGCCUCGUUUCACAGCGCUAGAAUGUUCGGAACUACCGCUCGAAUUUUGAGCAGUAGGUGGGGACUGAGCGUCUGACCGUCGCCGCUGGGGUACAAUCUCAUUUCAAAUAGAGUAGGUAUAUGUUCGAUUUCACAGGACGUUUGUACAGAUUAUUGGUGCAAAUCACAUAUGGUUGCUAAGGGUGACUAAAUAUGUAUGUCUUAUACGUCUUAUAGCACUCCGUGAUAAUUUUAAAAAUAAUUAAACGUCUUUUGAAUACUUACUACAAGGGGUCGAGACGGGCUAUCGAACUUAUCAUUUAUCGCGCAGACAUUGGAAGAGAUGUGUUUAUUUUGUAAUAAAGAAACUAUUUUAACAAAUAAUAUAUUAUGAUAAAAACAAGCAUGCAUUGUAAUUGAAUAGUUAUAUUUUUAUUUAUC